AUGAGUCUUUUAAAGCUGAGGAAAGUGCUUGUCAGUGACAAAAUAGCCAAUGACUGUCUAGAAGCAUUCAAAGGAAAAGGUGUUGAGGUGACAUACAAGCCUGGAUUAUCAAAGACAGAGUUGCUAGACAUUAUUCCUGAAUACAAUGGAAUAAUUGUAAGAUCUGCUACAAAAGUCACUGCUGAUGUUAUAAAAGCGGCUGUUAAUUUAGAGAUAAUCGGCAGAGCUGGAACAGGAACUGACAACAUAGACCAAGCUGCUGCAUCGGAUGCAGGUGUGGUGGUGAUGAACACUCCCGGUGGCAAUACAAACAGCGCUGCAGAACACACUUGUGCUCUUAUUAUGGCUAUGUGUAGAAACCUGGCAAAUCGCCAUACUGAACUCAUGAAUGGAGAGUGGAACAGGAUAAAUGGAAUUGAAUUGUCUGGUAAAACUGUGGGAAUAAUUGGACUUGGAAGGAUUGGAAUGAUAGUUGCACAUCGAAUGCAAGCAUUUGGUAUGAAAACUGUAGGAUAUGAUCCCUUUGUAACAGCUGCUGCAGCUGCAGAAAAGGGUGUCGAGUUCCUGCAAUUGGAAGAUAUGUGGCCAGUCUGUGACUUUCUCACCAUCCACGUCCCUCUCCUGCCAUCAACAAAACACAUGAUGAACAGUGCAGUAUUUGACAAAUGCAAGAAAGGUGUCAGAAUAGUAAACUGUGCCCGAGGAGGAAUAAUUGAUGAAGAAGCUCUCUUGGAGAACCUGAACUCAGGAAAAGUAGCGUGUGCUGCUCUUGAUGUCUUUGAGAAGGAACCUCCCUCAGCUGACUCACCUUUACUGCAACACUCCAACCUCAUUGCUACCCCUCAUCUAGGUGCCAGCACGGCUGAAGCACAAACACGGGUAGCUAAAGAGAUAGCAGAGCAGUUUCUAGCUCUACGUGAUGGUAAAUCUACAUUUGGGUGCCUCAAUGCUCCUUUGCUUAGAGGUGCACUAAGUCAACCAGUGAAAGCGAAGCUUGCUCAGCAGCUGGGAAUGUUGCUCUAUACUCUCAACCCUAAAGCUGAUGUUCUCACUGUUCAGGGAGAUGAUGAAUCCUUCGUUCCUUACGCUGUAAUGGCAGGCUAUCUCAAUGCUAAAGGAAUCUCCGCUGCCAAUCUCAUCAGCAUCAAGAAGGUGGCUGAUGUAAAUGGGCUCUCUUUCCAGUACACAGCGACUUCAGAGGAUCUAACUGUGGAGUGUGGUGAUGUGAAGUUGAGUGGCAGGUUCGACGGAGUGACCAGUUUCCUGACUAAAGUUAACAGUGUUUCCACAAACAUCCCUCUCGCAGGAAGUGUAACAGUUGUGAGAUCAGGAACUGCUCUCUACAAUCAACUCCCUUCUCUGUCUGGUCACGUGACUGGAGUCCACUUUGCUGGUGACGUCACGAUCCUGUCUCACUCCGGCAAGACACUGGAGAGUGACAAACUGGAGACACUAGGAACUGUGGCUCUGUGUUAGGAGUCAGACUGUGAGACGUGUCACGUGUCACGUGUCUCGUGUCACGUGUCUCGUGUCACGUGUCACGUGUCUCGUGUCAUGUGUGGAGUCUGCACUUCUCAUUUCUUAAAUUUAUUCGUUUCUUAUGAUAUUGUUAUUAGUGAGUUGGAGUGCUGAAUUUUUACAAUUUAUUGUGCUUUUUUAGGGUUUUAAUUAACGUAAACUUUUUUUAUAUUUUGAUGAAUGACAUUUUAACAAGAAGAAUUCUGGAUUUAAGAAGUCAUUUUGCGCAAUUUUGUUAUUUAAAAAAAUUCUAAAUAUUAUUAUAUCUAUUUCUUGUCGUUAUAUGAUAUUUUUGGGUUUACAAUUCUAGUAUUGUGGGCACUAUUUAUUUUAAGUUUGAAUAUAAUAAUAUAGAAAUUAUAAAACCAUGACUAUUAAAAUCUUAUUUUCUA